CCUGUACGUCACUUCCUCUCCGGUUCGCCCGCGCCGCCGAGUGCUUCCGCCUGCGAGUUUCCAGGGCAACGCUGCGCCCGGCCCUGUUGGCUCCGUGGGAGAUGUCAACCCCUCCCCUCGCCGGGGCCGGCAUACCGCCAGGUGCCUUCUCAGGGACACAGGCUCAGGCAGCUCGGGAGGUAAAUACAGCUUCCCUCUGUCGAAUUGGCCAAGAGACUGUGCAGGACAUUGUAUUCCGGACCAUGGAAAUCUUUCAGUUACUGAGGAACAUGCAGUUACCGAAUGGUGUUACAUAUCAUACUGGAACAUAUCAAGACAGACUGGGAAAGCUGCAGGAACAUCUCCGUCAGCUGUCGAUACUCUUCAGAAAACUGAGAUUAGUCUAUGACAAAUGCAAUGAAAACUGUGCUGGGCUUGAUCCUGUUCCUGUAGAACAACUUAUUCCAUAUGUUGAAGAAGAUGGCUCCAAGCAUGAUGAUCGUGGUGCUGCAAGUCAGCUUCGUUUUGCUAGUGAAGAGAGAAGGGAAAUCAUGGAAGUAAAUAAGAAACUGAAACAGAAGAAUCAGCAGCUGAAACAGAUCAUGGAUCAGUUACGGAAUCUUAUUUGGGACAUAAAUGCCAUGUUGGCAAUGCGGAACUGAACACGGAGAAUCAAACUUUGCAAUUGGAAAAGAUACCAAUUUGUCUGGAUAUACUUAAUUUCUUCUGAAGAAGUAACAUGUUUUUUCCACAACCAUUUUGCAGUAAUGUUUGAAAAGUCUUCAAGGUUAAAAUGUUGGGGUUUUGUAAUAACUUA